AGUGGAUACCGGAAGUAGCGUAAACCCACAUUACGACAACAGACGUGUUUUGUUUGCUCUCUUGGAUGGAGCGGCGCCUGGAAAGGGGUCACGUCUGCCUAAUAUUUGGACGCGCAGCCGAGGCCCUUGCAGCGGAUGUUUAAGGAGACCAUGUCGUUGCGGUGAGUUAGACGGUUGGGGAUCCGUAAAGUGGACGAAAGACGAGUCGCCAGCCUAUGAGAGAGCCGCGAGUGUCGCGGACAGCUGACACUUUCUACACUGCUGCGGUUAGUUGGCAUCCAGUUUGAUAUGGCCCAGCUGUGCAACUAGCCCAGGACACACCAAACCGCCAUGUUCCUGAAGUCGUCAUUCACCACCCUGGUGGUGGGCGUGUUCGUGGUGUAUGUGGUGCACACCUGCUGGGUGAUGUACGGCAUUGUGUAUACCAAACCCUGUGAGCGGCCCGGCAGCACCGACUGCAUCCUACCCUUCCUGGCAGGCGCCCCUGAGCUCCAGAUGAGUGUCUACACGGCACUGCGGCCCAAUGCAGAUAGGGGACACACCCUCAUCCACAAGGAGGAGAAUUUUAACAUUAAAGAAAAGUUUGAGAGGACUGUCAACGUCUCGUUACCCAAGAAGACUCGUAACAACGGGACGCUGUACGCACUGGUGUUCAUCCACCAGGCCGGCGUCAACCCAUGGCAAGACCCGCACCAGGUGCACCUGGCGGCCCAGCUCACUGCCUACAUGGUGCCCAAGCCACCCGAAAUUUCCCUCAUUUCCCGAGAGGACCAAACACAGGGCAUCACAGAAGAAGUCCACCAGACCAAACAACAUAAAGGAGGAGGAUUGUCAGACCAGCCCGCCUCGCACUGGCGCUCCCGCCUGACGCUCAAUAUCGUGGACGAUUAUUUUGUUUUCGACAAGGAACACCUUCCGAGUGACGUCCGCCGCUACCUCCGAGCGUUUCAAAUUGGCCAGAAGACGAUGUACCUACCUCUGCUCUUUGUUGACGAACUCAGCAACCGCAUCAAGGAUCUCCUGGAGAUAAACAGUACCACCCUGGAGCUCCCUCUUACCAUUUCCUAUGAAGCCAUCUCCUUGGGUAGACUCAGGUUCUGGAUCCACAUGCAGGACGCCGUCUACUCCCUGCAACAGUUUGGAUUCACGGAGAAGGAUGCUGACGAGAUUAAAGGGAUCUUCACUGACACCAACCUGUACUUCCUGGCUUUGACCUUCUUCGUGGCCGCCUUCCAUCUGCUUUUUGACUUCCUGGCCUUCAAGAAUGACAUCAGCUUCUGGAAAGAGAAGAAAAGCAUGGUGGGGAUGUCAAGCAAAGCGGUGCUGUGGCGAUGCUUCAGCACCAUCGUGAUCUUCCUCUACUUGUUCGAUGAGCAAACCAGCCUGCUGGUCCUCAUCCCCGCUGGCAUCGGCGCAGUCAUUGAGGUGUGGAAAGUGAAGAAGGCCUUUAAGAUUCAGGUGCUUUGGAAAGGAGGAAAACCAACAUUUGUGUUUGGCAAGUUAGACGAGUCUGAGAGAAGAACAGGAGAGUACGACACUCAGGCCAUGAAGUACCUCUCGUACCUUCUCUACCCGCUGUGCUUGGGAGGAGCCCUGUACGCGCUGAUAUUCCUGCGAUACAAAAGUUGGUACUCGUGGCUCAUCAACAGUAUGGUGAAUGGUGUCUAUGCAUUCGGCUUCCUCUUCAUGCUUCCUCAACUAUUUGUCAACUAUAAAUUGAAGUCAGUGGCCCACCUGCCCUGGAAGGCUUUUAUGUACAAGGCAUUCAAUACCUUCAUCGAUGACGUGUUUGCCUUCAUCAUCACCAUGCCGACGUCCCACCGACUGGCCUGUUUCCGAGAUGAUGUGGUCUUUCUCAUUUACCUCUACCAGCGAUGGCUCUUCCCGGUGGACAAGACAAGAGUCAACGAAUAUGGAAUUUCGUACGACGACAAACCCAAAGGGAAAGUGCACAAGGAAUAAAAAAGACGAGGCAGACAAUUGAAGGAACAUAAAAAUCCUGACUUAAUUGUAAAAAAUGUUGUAACUGGAUUUUUUCUCCAAAAAUUGGUUAUUUGUGAUGAUUUUAGAAAACACCAUUUUGUAAUUUUGUUUUUGCCUCUCAAUUCUAUUGCAUCACAUCAACAGUUUCCAUACAAAUUUUUUUUUUCCCCCCCUCUUCAGAUCAGGCUGUCACUUAAAAGUCAGAGGACAAAGAUGUUAAAAAUGUUCUUGAUCACUCUAGAACCCCUUUACAAACCACAUCUGCCAUUUCAAAGUGAUUAUAUAGCAGAUAUACAGCAGUUAUAUCGAUAAAUAUGAUGCAGAAUGCGCCUUCUGCUUUUUUGCAUCUAGCGCUUGCCAUUCUUCGGCUCUAUCCGGCGCUGUGACGUAACACUAGCCAAACAGCCUGUUCAUUCGCCGUUGUGUGCUAUUGUUCCCGUCUGUGUAUAUUUGUUGUCGUAUGAUUUACCGAUUUCACAAUGGUUUAUUGUGGCAUUUGGUUGUACAAAGGGUUUAGGCAGUGUUGAGUUUUUUUUGGCUUUCCAAGUGAAAAAGGAAUAUGUGACCAGUGGAUAUGGAAAGUCAAUCGACAGGGGAAGAAACGUGAUCAGCUAUGGGUGCCUAGCAAGGAUUCCAAACUGCCGAUCACUUCGAAACAGCGUGUUUUGAGAAAGACUUAGCAGAAAGCAUUGGAUACACAGGUGUAGUGUGCCAGCUAUUUUUCCUACGGCCAUUGGGACCUCAACAGAACUAAAUCUCGCAGCCGCCACGGUGCAGUGCUACGACUCUAUUAUGGUUAUGCACUGGGGUGAGGGACCCCCACGCAGUACUUUUCAGUACUGUCUGUACUUUUGCCUAUAUGACAAGCCAACAGACACGGCGAAGACUUUCUGUCCGGCAUGUAAUAAAGCUACUCGAGCGAGGGGCACACAAUAUAUAGGAAUACUGCAUACUAUGUAAAAGCUGUGCCGUGUCACUGAACCAUAUAUAAAUAUAUUAUACGUAUAGUUGUGCUAAAAAAUAUUGUCACCCCUGGGGUGCCAUUAUUUCAAGCCAUGGGUGUAUAAAAAGACAUGCUUUUGACAUACCGUCACAUCGAGACAGUGGCCGCUCUCUUUUUCUGUUGUACAGCUGCUACUUGGCUGCUCGUCGUCAGUCACUGUCAGGUUCCGACCUCCUGAUCGGCUCAAACGUACGGUUUGACGAUGCCAAGUGCAAUUGGGUGCUCCUGUACAUCGAAAUCCUCCUCCUGCUCACAUCGUUGCUCGCCAUUGCGUAUAGAGUGUAGCGCGCUGUGUUUGGCAAUUGCAACGUCACAAGUGUUUGUUUAACAAACGGAAACUGCACCGGUGCCAAAUUUUUAGAAUGUUUUUUGAGCUGACUUGCUCCAGCAGAGUCACUCUGUCAGGUGUUUUUAAACAGACACUGAAGUGGACAAACUAGUACUACACAUUUGUCACACAUUAGAUUCCCUUCUGUUCUUCUAAUGUGACACUUUUUUUUUUUUAAAUAUAUACAUUCUCUCAAACUGCAGGGUUU